AUGUCCACCCCAAUUCAACAGGAUACAGUCACCCCAACUGAGGCUCCCGCAAAGGAGGAGAAAGCCAAACCUGGCGCGUCAUGGAAGGCUGGCGAGACGCAAACUCUUCCCAAAAACAACCUCCCAAUCGUGUUUCUUGCGCUUACUUUGACGACCUUCCUUGCUGCAAUGGAUCAAACGAUCGUUGCGACCGCCCUACCAACAAUUGUUUCGCAACUCGGAGGAGGGAAGGAAUAUGCCUGGGUUGGAAGCUCUUACAUGCUGGGUUCUGCGGCUUUAUCACCGCUAUAUGGUAAACUUUCGGAUAUCUUUGGUCGGAAACCUUUACUUUACUCCUGCAUCGUCACUUUCCUUAUCGGAUCGGCGCUCUGUGGUGCUGCACAGAAUAUGACAUGGCUUGUGGUUGUGCGUGUGGUGCAGGGGAUGGGCGGAGGAGGCAUCAUCCAACUAUUAAGUGUCAACAUCACGAUUGGUGAUAUCGUUUCACUAGAAGAUCGAGGAAAAUUUGUAGGUCUUUUGGGUGAGUCGACAUACUUACGUGAACAGUUUGAUCUCAGUUACUAUACCAGGUGCAACGUGGGGUAUAGCAUCGGUAGUUGGGCCUUUGAUGGGAGGCGUAAGCCACUUGUUUCCUCGCCGAAACCUUCUCAGUCGUCGCAGGCUCUCACCGAGAAGGUCUCCUGGAGAUGGUGUUUUUGGAUAAAUCUACCUACAGGUGGUUUAGCCGGCGGCCUGCUCUUUUUCUUCCUCAACUUGAAUCCUCGACCGCUCAAGUCGUUCAGCCAGCACAACGCCGAGUUUGACUAUGUUGGCCUGGUCCUCGUAGUCGUUGGCGUUGUCUGCGUGCUUCUUGGGUUCAAUUUCAGUGAAACAAGCUGGACAUCGCCACAAACCAUCGCAUUACUCGUCCUUGGAUUUGUGCUACUAUUCGUAUAUGCCGUUUACGAGUGCUACACCACCAAAAGCCCUAUCAUCCCCCCACGACUGUUCAAGGCCAGUUUUCUUUUCACGCUUAGCUGUCGAUCGCUGAGAGCAGGCCAGACACGAACUACAGCAAUAAUUCUAACGACAACCCUCUUACACGCUUUAGCAUUCUUCUCUGGCGCAUACUAUCUUCCUCUUUAUUUCCAGGUACUCGGUGCGUCUGCGACUGGUGCUGGUGUCAGGAUGCUGCCCUUCUCCCUUGGAGGCGCACUAGUAUCCGCACUAUCCGGCCAGGUUGUCUCCGCUCUGAAGGCAUACCGCCCCGUUUUGUUCUUCGCUUGGCCUGUCAUGACGCUGGGUAUUUUCUUUGUGUUUCUUGUUAUCCGGCUCAGAGCCGUGACAGGCUAUGGACUCAUGACCACGUUUGACGAGAAAUCCGGCGCAGCCAAGGAGGCGAUAUUUCCGCUGAUUGCCGCGUUGGGUGUUGGUUGUUUGUGUAAGUUAUUGCUCUGGAAAACUGUAGGCAAAACUAAUGCAUCUAUAGUCCAGGCUCCCCUGAUUGGACUACAAGCAGCCAUGCCGCUGAAGGACAUGGCUACAUCCACCGCGAGCUACACGUUCAUCCGAACACUAGGCGCGACUAUUGCGAUCGCGAUGGGGCAGGUUAUCAUUACGAGCACUCUGAGGAAUAAAAUUGCCCACCUACCGAACAUGACUCAGUCGAUUGAUACCUCGGCCGCGACGCUGAGCCAAAAUGUGCUCAAGCUGAAGGAGAUCCCGGAGCCGUUGCGCACAGAGCUGAUACACGCAUAUGCGCGGUCUAUUUCGCGGGUUUGGCUGGUUAUUGUGCCGAUUGUUGGUGCAGGGACGAUUAUGACAUUUUUCAUUCGACGAUACACGCUUGCGCGGACGGUAGUUCGGAGUGGGGAACAGGAGAAGAAGGCGACGGAUGUUGAAAAGGGCGAGGCAUCAGCGGAAGAAACGAAGGACGAAACGGGGAACGAGGAGGAACGCGGGUCGACAGAGAAGGGGCCGGGCAAGAGCGAUAGUGCAGUCUAG